GCAGAAAUCAUUGACCGUACCGUCUGGUCCGACGUGUUCUCAGGGUCUUGCGUCCGCCCGCAGUCCCGGCCUAGUUCAAAUCGCCCGACCCUUGACGUUAACAUCCCGGAGACUUAAUCUGGCUGUGCGCCGGCAGUGGAUUGCUCUAGCCGCAUCACCCCCCCCCCUACGGCUUUCCACCAAGGAUCGGUCACAUCCCGGGAAAUAUUCCCGGGCAGGGAGUGAGGAUCCGCGCCAGACACGAUGAAGGUCCUAUCGGACGACACAGAGGCUGCCAAAGACUUGAAGAAGCCACAUCGGAAGUCCAAACUCGGAUGCCAGACUUGCAAGAGGCGCAAGAUAAAGUGUGAUGAGCUGAGGCCAGCAUGCCAAAACUGCGUCCGGCACUUGGUGUACUGCGACUUUCUGCAAAGCGGUCCAGUACUGGCGACGCACAGCACGCCAAACAGCGUUGUUGACACCCCAGAUGGGGUUACGCAGUCGGCGCGACUACCAAUGCCAGUCAACCACGACAUCAACUUUACUGACCUGGAACUCAUACACAACUUCACUACUUCCGUCUAUUCGACACUAUCAACAGAUACCAUAGUUCGCCAGAUGUGGAAGGUCUCGGUCGUGCGCAUGGCUCUGGAGUGCGAGUACGUGAUGCGCACAUUGUUGUCUAUCUCAGCGCUACACCUUGCGCACCAGCAGCCCGAACGCAAAGAAGCCCUCGUUACCAAGGCUUUGCUAUAUCAUCGUUCGGCCAGCAGGGAGGCGAUGGGGCUGAUGAGCGGUCUGGACGAGCGUAACGCAGAAAACCUGUUUCUGUUUUCAAUUCUAACCAUCUUCUUCGCCCUUGCAUCCGGCCGCUAUCUCAAGGAAUCGGUCGUCGUUUGGGAAUCCGCUUUCCCGGAUUGGACUUUCCUGCUGUCAGGAGCUUGUUCGCUCCUCAAGCUUCUCAUCUCGAGGGACUAUACGGGGCCACUCACUCCCCUUUUGACCUACGCGAAGGAGCGGUUCUUUGCCGCCCGUGACGAUUCACGUGCUCACCCAGGAGCGUUGGAGUGUCUCCGACAGCGCGUAAAUAACAGCGGCAUCGACGGGGACUUGCUACGGGUCUACAACCUGGCGAUCGACGAGCUGAUGCAUCCCAUGUCUCUCGCCUUGCACGACGGAGGCCGCGACAUGGAUAUCGUAGACAUCUUCAUCUGGAAGUACUUCGUUUCCGACGAGUUCCUGCCACUGCUCAAGACGCCAGACGCCAAACAAGAGGCCAUUGCCAUAUACGCGCACUUUUGUAUCGUUUUGAAGAGGCUUGAAAGCCAAUGGUGGCUCCAGGGUUGGGCGAUGCAUCUGAUCUCCCAGGCGUGGGAGUUGCUGGACGAGAGCCACAAGUCGUGGAUCCAAUGGCCGAUGGACGAGCUAGGUUGGGCGCCUCCAAAGUGAAGCAUGAAUACGCAAAUAAUGUCAAAGCUGAGAUACCAUUUAAUAUAAUUAGUCGUCUUGCC